GUCUCAUCAUCUCUUAGUUGACUGCAAUCUUCUGCCAUGUCUGCUCUGCUCCUGGUUGGUUUGCUGCUGAUAGCCAAGGCAUCUCCUCAGCUGUUGAUGCCAGUAUAUCCCCUGCCUUAUCUCCACCCCAUCACUGCUGCACAGUUCCAUUCACAAGAUGAACUUGGCCAGUUUAACUUUGGAUUCGCAGGGGACAACCAGGUUAGAGUAGAGAGCCGAUUGAUAGAUGGGGUUGUCCGAGGGGCCUACAGCUACGUGGACCCGACCAACAAAGUGAUUCAUGUGACUUACAUCGCUGAUUCUGAUGGCUACAGAGUAUUAAGUGGAAACAACUUGCCUACAGUACCUUCAGCACCUGCGCCUCUAGUAAGCCCGAGCCCUGUGGACUACACACCUGAGGUGGCAGCUGCCAGAGCAAAGUUUGAGAAGAUUUACAAUGAACUAGCAGCCAAAGCAGCCGAAGAACCAUCAGAGACGGACACUUCAGAAUCCAAGGAGCGACGGAGAAGGUCUGUUUUACUGCCAGCUCUGUAUACCAUCACACCAACUUCUCUCAAGUUUAAAGUAAAUGAAGCAAAAGAAGUAACAGAUGUAAUCAGCCCAGCCAACACCAAGCCAGUAGAAUUCUCGGAAGUAGAAAAGUCUUUCCCUGUAACUCCGUUUGUUGUGGCUCCAGCUAACUUACCUUUUGCUUCGUCUUUCUACACCUACUUCUAUACUAUAUAGAUUAUUACCAAUCAAUAAAAAACAACUGAAAAAGUCCAGAGUUCCAUCGGAAAAUAGUACAGCACAGAAUAUACUUGAUUAUUUAUGACUUGUAUGACCAUAUUUUUUAGCAAAUAAAUUUUAGCUUUAUGAAGAAUUU